AUGAAGGCCAACGUCCAGGUAAUGGCCACACAGGGUUGGGCAGAUGCAAUGCUGAACCAGCCUCAACAUUUUAUUCAAGUGACUCGUCUUGUUGCUGCGCCACUUGCAGAAAUUAGGAGCCUUCCUGGAGACGAGAAAAACAAAAGGUUGCUCCAGGCAGCUGAGGAGGGGGCACUGCAGGAGAUGCAGGUACUGCUUGCAGUAGGGGCAGACGCUGGAGCGAAGGACACAGUGUGCAUCAGUGGCCUGCACAGGGCAGCAAGGGAGGGACACAUAGAGCCAGUGAGGUGUCUAGUGGAUGCUCGAGCAGUAGUUGAUUCUAGGACCAACUUACAGAAUACACCUCUGUACUUGGCACCAUGGAAAGGGCAUGUAGCUGUGGUCCGGCCACUGGUGGCAUUGUCUGCUGACCCCAGUGCCAGGAAUCAGUGGGGGAUGACACCACUGCACAGGGCAGCACUCGAUGGCUAUGUGGAGGCGACAGCAGCACUGCUGGCUGUGGGAGCCAGCCCAGAGGCCAGGGAUGACAGUGGUGCCACUCCUCGUCAUCUCGCCAGGAAAGAGAACCACCAGGAUAUCGUAGAGUUGUUAACUUGA